AAAACAGGGUUGGGAUAUGAUACCAUGCCUGAAGGAUGUUAGUGUUGGAAUCCUGUAAAUCCUGGAGUUGGAAGCUACUUAUGGUUUAGAACAAGGGCAGUGUUGUUUUGAAGCUGUAAGGUGUACCAAGAAGCCAAUGUAAAAACACAGGCAAAAAAGGCACAAAUUGUAGCUCCAUGUCUUGCCUCAGACUCUGGCGUGGAGGUCUUGUGUGGACUUCAUGAAAUAUGGAACUCUUUCUCAGGUUUUCAGAAUGUGGAAUAAAAAUAGCAGCCAAAUUGCAAUGAGAUACAACCAUUAAAAACCCCCUAAAUUUGGUGGUAGCCACUUCCAACACCGUAAAUUCUCCCGACAAGCGAGGGCAUUCUUGUCAUGAAAAUUAAAACCAUAUUGAACCGAACGCUGCGCGGGAAGGUCCCAAGACAGUUACGUCAAAAGUCUCUCUCCCUCUGCCAUGUUCGCUCUACAUAACUUCCAUUCAUUUCCCAAUCUUUGUCUCUCGCUUUAACAAUGGCUUCCCAAAACCCUAACCCUAACAAACCAAACUCUCUGUAUCCUGAGAUCAUCCAAGUGGACCCUCCUCCCUUCAUCUCAAACCCGAAUUCUUCAUCUUCCUCUCUCUAUCCUUCCAUCGACAUGAGAGACUUGGUCGAGAAUCUCUUCCCAGAAAUCCCUCACCCUACUGCUCCUCCUGAAUCCCUUGAAGAGGUUCUCGUCAUGUUACCCGGCGUCAUCCUCCACCUCAUCGACAAGCAGUACAGCGUCGAGCUCGCAUCCGGCGAUCUAUCUAUCAUUCGUCUCUGGCAGGGGAAUAACAUUGUCGCCGUUCUCGCCCGCGUCGGCCAGGAGAUCCAGUGGCCGUUGGCCAAAGAUGAGGCGUCGGUGAAGGUUGACGGCUCGCAUUACUUCUUCUCUCUUCGCGCAAUGAAGGAGAAUGGAUCGGGGUCGGAUUCGAGCGAUGAUGAGGGGAACGAAGGGGAGAAUCGGUUGAAUUAUGGUUUGACGAUUGUGCCCAAGGGACAGGAGCCAUUGGUGGAGAUGUUGGAUGGAAUUUUGGAGCAUUACAGCAGUUUUACCAAGGUGGUGGACGUAUCAAAGGAGGGGAUGGAGGUGUUGGAAGUUAAGUUGUCGCCGUUGGAGAAGGACAAGGAGUUGUCGGAAGAAAGGAGCUCUGCGUACUGGACGACAUUGGCACCUAAUGUGGAGGAUUAUAGUGGGACUGCAGCCAGGUUGAUUGCUGCCGGAUCUGGGCAGCUGGUCAAGGGGAUUUUGUGGUGUGGGGAUGUGACUGUGGAUAGGUUGAAAUGGGGGAAUGAGUUUUUGAAGAAAAGGAUGUCGCCUGCUUCCAACACGGAGAUUAGUCCCCAAACUAUGAAGAAUAUGAAAAGGGUAGAGAGAGUCACAUUGGUGACUGAGAAAGUAGCUACUGGGGUCCUCUCUGGAGUUGUGAAGGUUUCUGGAUUCUUCACAGGUUCUGUGGCAAACUCAAGAGUCGGCAAGAAAUUUUUUGGCUUCCUGCCUGGAGAAAUGGUCCUUGCUUCUCUGGAUGGAUUUAGUAAGGUCUGUGAUGCGGUUGAAGUAGCCGGAAGGAAUGUUAUGUCAACAUCAUCCACUGUGACCACUGGACUUGUGUCACAUAGGUAUGGGGAGCAAGCAGGUCAGGCAACAAAUACAGGGCUUGAUGCUGCAGGUCAUGCUGUAGGGGCUGCGUGGGCUGUUUUUAAGAUCCGGAAAGCUUUCAACCCAAAAAGUGUUAUUAAACCUACCAGCCUGGCUGCUGCUAAAGCUGCUGCAGCUGAGAAGGUGGCUAAGAGAUCCAAGUAACCGUUGAUAGGAUGUGAUUAUUGAAAUUUUGAUUGCUGCUGUGCAUAUUGUUAAUCUGUAGGUGAAAGUUUCAGUGUGUGUACCUUCUUUGUAGUUAUAUUAUUUGUUUGUUUUAUGUUGUAAGAAUUACAUGAAUGUGAGUUUAUCACAAGAAUCAACUGGAAAACGAUUGGAUAGGGCC